AUGGCAUCUCCACAGCAAGAUCCAAAGGCUCUCUCCGAGGAGCUCAAGACCCUCGAUAUAGCCACAGCAGCUACGACGUCUUCAAACCCAGGCCUAGAAGCGCUACCCGUCGAGCUCAUGACAUUAGUAACGCAAAGCACAGACGCCAAAGGCAAGGCCAUUCUUUCUGGCGACGACCUCGACGAAGCAGUGGAGAUGUUGAAGUCGGCACUGCGAGGUUUCCCGAACUUGAAGCAUGUACGCAUUGACUCUUACCCGAAAGACUCUUACCCGAAGAAAGACGAUGAUGCUGCUGCCUGGACUGAGGCUUGGGGCUCGAAGCGCAUCCUCCGCGAAAUGGGCUGGGGAGCCUGCGGAUAUUGGGCUAGCCCUCAAUGGGCACUUCGCAACGAAGGAGACUCCUGCCGCGGUAAACUACAUGGCCACAUCGCCAAAGUGCUCUCGGCGCUGCGAGGUAUCGAAGAUCGCAAAGACUGGACUCUGGAAGUCGCACUGAAUACGAUGGUAUUGCGUUACGAGAAACAACCGUUCGAUAUCUCACCUGGCUCCGAUUGGACACGUGUUCAGCACCGUGUUACACAAUUGAAGUUCAUCCGGACAUUCGAAGUCUUUGAGAAGUGGUGGAUCAUGGGGUUGCUGCAGUCCGUCAGCGGUAAUCUCAGGUCGCUUACGUUGUGUAGCGAGAAUGUGCCCACCUUCCUUCGAUGGACCCAGUUCCCUACUCUCACGCACCUCGACAUCCGUAGUAGUCCGAUAGCAUCACCUCUUUUCAAGAGGGUUCUGUUCAAGCACCGAAAAACCCUGCAGAGCCUUCACCUUUGUGGCGCGAAUCUGUAUGGUUGGUUUGACGACGAAGAUGCGUUUGAGCCCUCCGACUUUGCGGAUGUCGAAGAUUCUGAUUCCGACGAGGAUGGAGUGGUUCAAGUGGUCAAUGGACGAAAGCUGAAACCGGGACUCGUCGAGCUAAAAGAUGCAACUUGGUUUACAAUCUUCAAGCAGUUGACGAUGUCUCCUUGCCUGACAAGCGUUCGAUUCGCCAGACUCUCUCAAUACCACUCCCGUUUCAACAAUAUAUACCAACCCGGCAGGUACACCACCGAUAAUGUAGCUGAGCAUCUCACCGGCGGCUUCUCGCUUUCAGCUGAAGGAGAUGAGGUAGUAAAGAGCCUCGAUCGCGCUGUGAAAGAGCGCAUCACCGUUGAAAUGUCAGACAGACAUACAAGCGACAAGGUUUGGUUCUCCGAUGGGUGCUCGGAGGACUGGGAUGCUUAG